UGAAACGGAAAUAAAUCUGCAGUAAUUCGCAGCAAAAGCGUGGCAAUUGAAAACCCAAAACAAAAACAACAUCAGAAACUGGGAGACGGAUGAAAAUACAAGAACAACAACCAAAAGGAGGCGGAGGAGAGCGAGGACGAAGGAGAUACAAAACAGCCGAGCGAGUGCAGUCGUGUGAAAAUUGUUGUAUCGAAAGUGCAUAAAAUGUGGCCCACAAACAAUUAGCGGAAUAAGCAGAGCACGGAGAACAAAACAAAAGUCGGACUAACUAGAAAGCAAAGCAGGAUGUCAAGGACUUGAGCGCAGGGGGAGGAGAGAGGUUGCUCGACAGGGUGAGACUAACGGGACUUAGGGCGCAUCAGAAUUCGCAAGUGUCGCCAAGAUGCGUACCUACUACACGGCUAAGGAUAUGCGAAAAUACGGCGAUUUGAGCUUUGAAAGCAAAUAUCUGCUGGACCCGAAGUUUAUGACCAAGAGGGACCUGCAGCAGUACUACCGCUACUACAACAUGAACAAGAACCGUGGUCAGUUCAAGAAGAUAGUGAUUGUGAUCUUCUGCCUCUGCAUAUUUUCCUACCUAUGUGUGGACUAUAAUCUCAGGACGAAGCUGCUCCGUUUUCGUGAUGGCUUCGAUUUCAUGGCUCGCAUUGAGGACCAUUACGGCGGAAAUCUGACGACGGCCUACUUUGUGGACACUCCAGGCUGCCGGAUGCCACACUUUGAGGUCACCGAUGACACUAUUGCCCAGUUCAUGUUCAAACCACGUCCGUAUAGCUGCAAUAGAGCUGUUGUGCGGGCCAGCGAUACGGAGCCCGGAGAGCUGCACCUCAAUCUGGACGCCAGUGAGCUUAGUUCCCACUACAACAUCAGCGACCUGUCUUCCGUUAACUGCAACUUUACGGAGGUGACCCGAAAUACGGAUUCCAAGAACUCUUACAGUCCCGGUGUGAGUUUUAAGCUGGAUAAAGUGAUGAAGCUUCCGACUAGCUCGGAAUUCAUUUGCAUGUGGUGCUAUGAUUCCUCGGACAAACUUUUCUACAAGGAUUGUCAUUUCUUUGCGGUUAAGAAGCCACGGAUUAGACCCCCGAUCAAGGCUGGAAGUGAUAGGGUCAGCUUUAACAAGAGUAAGGAUGAGUUGGAACGCCUUUCCGUUAUGAUCCUGGGCAUGGACAGUUUAUCGCACCUUAAUUUCCUACGUCAGAUGCGUCGUACAGCGAGUUACAUCCGUAAACAGCUGUCCCACGUGGAAUUGUGGGGAUACAACAAGGUGGGCGACAACACCUUUCCCAACAUAGUGCCGUUGCUGAGUGGGUUGGAUGACCAGGAACUAAAUUUGGCCUGCACUCCCAAAACAUUGAGAUCCUACGACAGAUGCUCUUUCAUUUGGAAACGCUACCAGCAACUGGGCUAUCGCUCCAUUUUCGCCGAGGAUGUGGCCCUGCUCUCGGCGUUUAAUUACAACCAAAAUGGAUUCAAAAAGCAGCCCACGGACUACUAUUUGAGGCCCAUGAUCAUGGAAAUGGAGAAGAAUUUAGCCUUUAAAAAGGACCUCAACAUGUACCUGUGCAUGGGCAGCCGGAGAACUGCUGAUGUGCUGCUUGAAUACAUGAGGAAACUGGUGCCCAAGAUGAGCAAUGAUCUCUUCUUCUCAUUUUUCUGGACGGUGGCUCUCACCCAUGACUACUUUAACUUCCCAUCACUACUGGAUCAGGCCAUGUUGGCACAGCUGACGCAGCUCCAAGAUUCUGGAGUGCUCAAUCGCACGGUAGUAAUGCUGUUGUCUGAUCAUGGAUUAAGAUGGGGUUCCUUUCGACGGACCUACCAGGGUAUGAUGGAGGAACGUCAGCCACUGAUGAUGAUGUUGUACCCGCCUUGGAUGAACGAUCGUUAUCCGGAGGCCAUAGCCAAUCUCAGAUUAAAUGCCCGCCGGCUAACCACACCUUUUGAUGUCCACUCGACGAUGUUAGAGCUUCUGAAUCUUCGGAAUCUGAAGGCGGAUCAAUUGCUACGCAAAUCAGCGGAACUUGAAGAACCGGACAGUACGCUGCCCAGGGGCAUUAGCCUCUUUCUGCCCAUUCCGGCGGGGAGGACAUGCGAGCAGGCGGGAAUUGCUGCUCACUGGUGUACCUGUCACCAGCGCCAAGAGCUUCAGACGAACGAUGCACGUGUCCAGCGGGCGGCACGAUAUUUGGUCCGCCUGAUCAACAACCGGCUAAAGGAUAGUUCCCAAUGCAGGACCCUCUACCUGAACUCCAUUCUGCAGGCCCUGAUUGCGGCGCCGCACUCGAAGAUUGUGAAGAACAUAUCCACAGACUAUGCAGUGGACAUCACUCUCCGACUGCAGACGAAGCCCGGACUCGGUGUCUUCGAGUCCACCGUGCGGAUGACUGGCUAUACAACCGUACUUACGGGCACCAUCAGCCGACUGAAUCUAUACGGAAGCCAGAGCUACUGCCUCAACGAUCCGGCCCUAAAGAUGUUCUGCUAUUGCCACAGAUAAAGUGGCAAUGCAAUUGGGUUCUUUCGGGAUGGGGUGUUUGACGUCAAAGACUUGAAACCCAUUAAGCGUAGCCUUAGCCUAAAACCUAGUUUAUUUCUAUGAAAUAGCCGAAGUUUGUAUAAAUACUAAUCCAAUUUUAGCCUUUGCCGUAAGAAGCUCCCAGUCUUAUGCAUCUAUAUAGUUAUGGUAGUGUAGCGGAAUUUGUUUAUUUCCCAUUAACUUAGAGGACAAUAAACUGAAUAAACUAAUAAUCGUAAUAUCCGCGAAAUUACUUUAUGUGUAUGUAAAAUAAUUAAUAAACUAUUACCGAUAGCAAUGGGGUUAGCCAACUUAUAAAUGAAUAAUCUAAAUGGUUAUACUAUAUGUGGAAUGUAAAUGUAUUAGGGCCUAUUGAGUUGUUAUAAAUACAAAAAAAAUUUAGCUAUUUAAUUUGCAAUAUACUAAUAUUUAAGUAAUUUGACUGAGUUUCCACUUAAAAAAAAAAUAAGUCAAUUAAAAAACUUUUAAACAAUUGCUAAAAAUUUCAGUAUCUUUUAA